CCAAAGGCUACAAGGUGGCAUGGUCGCCAAUCUGCAGCAUCGUCAGCAUCGCCGGUCGAGGAUCAGAUCCUAGAAGCCUAUGCAGGCACAGGCCGGGGCCGCUGAAGGAGGAGCGAAGGUGAACAUGGACGCCAGCGUCACUCCAAGCUCGCCGAAUGCUACCGCCCUUCAUCCCGGCGCUCACCUUCCCGUCGAGCUAGUCCUUCGCAUACUCCUCACCGCGGCUACAGAGGAUCAGGCCACGGCUCACGCUCUCGCUCAUGUCUCGCGCGCCGUCUGUCGCGCUACAGCAGCUCAUCGUUGGCGAUGUAUCGUCAUCGACUCCUUCUCGGCUCUGCUCAAGCUCUGGGCUACCGUAUUGGAGGCGAGAGGCAGAUCAGAGGAUGACCUACUGGCAGUGACCAUCAGAUUGCUAGUCGCUGGCGAGGCGGCAAACGAGGCAGAGUCCAUGCAGCGGCAUCUCAAUCAGAAGCCAAACCUUCGUGCUGUCUCUUUGCCAUUCCAUUCAGAGCCUGAUGAGCCCCCAGAUCGGACGGGUCUCAGUACAUGUCACCCGGGUCUAAGCGUCCAGAGCUUCUUCAUGGAUACCGAGCCUCCCACCCUCGGCAAGAAAGCGCCGCUGUCUUUCGACAAUUUCGGCGAGAAGAUGUCGCAGCUAUGUGAGCGAGUGAUACCGCUACUAUCCCCGCUCGCUGAUGACACUUGGUCCACCAGACAGCAGCGUCGGCUGGCUCUCGAUCGGCCAGACGUCAAACUGGGUAGCCUGCUUCGCCUCUUCCCCAACGUGGACAUUGUCUCCCUCGGAGCAAGCGAGUACUGCUAUCUAUCUCCCUCUUUACACUCCGUCAGCCCCUCUGAACUCAGCAUCGUAUACCAAGGCAAUACCACCUCUCUCGAAGAAGACUUUACAUUCUCGACCUCGGCCUUCUCUCGUGAAGAAGGCAGAGUCGAAUUAGCUGGGGUAAGAAAGCGGCUCAAGAGACUGCACAUCGUAGCAACAGACCCGCAGUCGGAAGCAGCAGGAGUGGAACCGCCAUUCAGUCUGCUAGAGCCUUUGAGAGCUGGCAGUACUAGUCCUGGGUCGCUCAUUGAUGCUCAGGCAAGGUAUGUCGUUGUGGGGGGAAGCAAUGAGAGCGGGCAGCCGGCAGCAGAUCGGCAGAGCGUAGGAUUGAUUCAGCUACGGUACGACACCCGCCGCUUCGCUCUUCGGCCAGCCUCAAUCGUAGCUGGGCGUCUACGUCACUUCUUACAGGAACUCACGCUAUCUCGCACAUCAUCGUCUUUCAUUGAGGCUCCCACACAGUCUUCUUUCUCCUAUACAGGCCGUCCUUUUGCCGCGCCCCCCAGAGGAGCGGGCAAUCAGUCGUCCUUAGGUGUAUCUGCUCAAGCCUCACCUCUCUCAAUCUUCGAUGACGAGACUUCCGAGGCAGCGAUGCUCCGCGAGUGGGGAGUGGGCGCUUUUGCCAAGUUGCAGCUGUCCUGGAGCGAUCGCAAUGCGCCGAGAGCAGAAGAUCUCCCGUGGUGGAGACGAGCGAGGUAUAGCGCCAUUGAGAAAUCGGAAGGUGCCAAUUCGAGUGGUGCGGACAAGCAAGCGCUCAAUCACCCCCUCGUCUCUGGUGGCUGGCCAAGGGAGACACGCGAUGUCUGGACAGAGCGCUCAGACCGGGACCAGUCGGCCACCUUCGAGGGUGAAUUGGCAGACUGUGUAUGGUCGCUCUUUGGCUGGAAGCCCGCUGGUGGCAGCAGUGCUUCAGCGGCAAUUCUCAACAGCAACGGCAGCAAUGGCACUACCGCCAGAACACAGUCUGCUCACGCCGGCCCCGUUGCCCAUCGUUAUCUCUUCGCACCUAUUGGACAGGGAGAGAUGGGCGAGCGCAUCCCCUCUGGGUACUUGGAGGCAGAUCGCUCCGCCCUCGCGACUGUAGCUGCCGGUCUGGCCUCUUGCUGCGCCUCGCCCGUCGCCGCGUUGCCGGCCUCAUCUUCAGAAAAUGACGGAGGUAGUCACGGUGGAGGGGAAGGGGGAACACGACUACUGUCCUACGCAGUGAGAGCUCCUGCUACAGUGUUGAGAUUCGGAGGCGCGGCUGCUUUCGACAAGGAGACUCGACUGGCGUACUUCCUCGAUCGGGUUGCUGGAGGCAAGGGUCCGUGGUAGCAAGGAUCUCAUCAGGCACGGAGAUGGUGAUGAGCAAGGCACAGAUGGAGAGCGAGGGAAUUGGCACACUGUAUGACGCAUCUCAGGCACCGCUUCCCAUGUAUCCUAGCGCAGGCAAAUGUGUACAUAGCAAUCAGAGCUCUUCGCACCAUGGCAGUCUCCUCGUGCUGACGUCAG